CUAUAAACAUUUAUUGAUUGACAGUCAGGAAUCGAACCGAAUGCAGCUGGCAGAAAUACAAACACAGAUGCAAAUGCAGUGCGAUUGUGUAUACAUGCAUGCAAAUAUAUACACUGAGAGAAACGAGCAACCACUGCAAAGUGUAUCGAAAAUAAAUAACUAAAAAGUAUUCAACUACAGCAAAUAUAGGCAAAAACAAUUGAGAGCUCUGCGGGCCAUCGACGAAAAUAAUUCAAUAUAAAUACUAUAUAACGUAUACGCGCCGUCUACCAUAUACUAUAUGAUAUCUUGUGCGAAGCAUAACAACAUUGAAGGGCGAAAAUAACAAAAACAGAAACAAUUGAGCCGCAGGUGCGAAUAAUGGCAAAGUGUGUGAAUAACCUGGAUCAAGGAGCCAACGCAGUCUGCAGGCAGCUAAACAAUUAUGAAAUUAAUAGUCUCUUAAUUGGUGCCGAUAAUAAGUAUUAUUGAAAACAAAUAUUGAACAGCAUUGAACCGGGCAGCAGCCGCCAGUGCGAAAAGUGCGCGAGUGCGAGAAAAGUCAAACAAAAGUCGUGCGAAAGUGUUGACAAGCAGUUGGCCAAGUUGUUUUCUCUUUUUCGGGCCAACAAGAAGACCUUGCUAUUCCUCGCCAAACUUUAGCGGAUCAGUGAACGCAUGAACGGUUGGCCAUGAAGCACGAGAAGAGUUUAGCCAUGGCCGCCAACGGUACGCCCCCGCUGAAGCGUGAUAAGCAGCGUCAGCAGCUGCUGGACUCGGCCAAUCCACGCAGUCCCAUUACCAAGGCCUUUGACUUUCUACCCUGGUCACGAAGUCGUAGCCGCAAGGCGGAGCCGGAGCCCAGCACAGCAGCUGGCGAGAAGCCCGCCGAGGUGCACUACCAUCGCAACAUCUUUCGCAGCGGCGGCGGCCUUAUACGCGACAUGCUCGUGGGCGACAAGGACAAGCUGCAGAAGGAUAAGCCGCCACAGUCUCCGCUUUCGGAGGCUAAGAAGGCGCAGCGCAAACAGAAGCAGGUUUCCCGUAACAAAAGCCUGGACAUUCGAGAGCUAAUUGGCUGCGUGGACAGCGAGCUGGUGCCGCGCACAAAUGCCUUGGGCUCGCCACAGCCACAGCGCUUCCUUGACGACACCUACAUAGAUAGCAAGCCACGUCACAUACUCUUCAACGACGAUGAAAAUACGGUGUAUCUCAUCAAGAAGGAGCAGCCAGUGGCCAAGACACACAAGUCGACGCCCACGCACAAUGCCCGAGACUGCAAUGGCGGGGAUGUGCUGAAGGCGCGGCUCAAAUUCAAGCGGCUGCCCAGCGACCACUAUGCGGCCUCUCCAGAGGCGCUGCGUCGUGCACAGCAGCUAUAUCAGCGCUCCGAGCAGCGUCACACGUUGCAACGUCGUAAAAGCCUCAGCGACUCACAUUACGAGAAACAGAGCACCUCCAGCUUGAGCAGCGGCGGCAGUGGCGGAUUGGCUGCGGCAGCUGGCACUGCGAGCGGCAUUAUGCUGGAGCGACCCAAGACGGAUAAGCCGCGCAAGAAGCUCUCCUUCCGCGAGCCCAUCGAGGCGGGUCUGUCGCCCGUGGUAAUGGCCAUGUCAGCGGCCAUGUCCAGUGAGCAGCGGCAGGAGCGACAGCGGCGUCGCAGCUCGCCGCUGGAACGCAUCAACGUUCAAUUGGGACAUGGUCAGGACUGUGAUAGUGUAUGCAAUAAUCGCAUAAAGGAUGCUAUUCACAGCGGCUAUGCCGCCAGUGAUCCGGAGUCUCAGGCCAUGCGCAUUGUGCGCACCGUCGGACAAGCCUUUGAAGUGUGCCACAAAUUUAAUCUUCAUAAGAAUUCCCUGGAGCCCAAUGACGAACGCUCCGAUGUCUCAUCGUCGGAGCUGCUGGAUGUGGAGCAAAUCAGCGAGCAGCAGCUCAGCGAAGAUGGAGGCGUCCUAACCAGCGAGACGCCAAAGAAAGAGCACUUGGGCAUAACGCCCGAUUUGAACCACACGCAGUCGCCGCCACAGCCGCAGCCGCAGCGGCCGAGCCACUUGGAGCUGCUGCCAACGCAGUCGAGUCUACGCAAAUCGACCAGCCUGCUGCAGUGCGAUGUGGAUGACAAAUCACCUGUUUCGCCCUCAUCGCCGCGCACUGAGAUAACCCAGCUUAAGGAUCAGCUGGAGGCGCAGGCGCAGCAGACACGUCAAGCACUUGGCCAAUUGAUGUUGGUGCGCGAACAGCUCAUCUCGGAAACUAAUGCGCGCAUCGAGGCGCAGGCGCGCACGCAGCAGCUGCUGCAACAGAAUCGCGAGCUGCUCGAACAUUUGGCAUCGCUGGGCGCUUACAACGAGCAGCAGACAGCCGGUCUGACCUCUGCGAACAUUGGCAUGGCCCCACAGCAGCAGUCACAGCUGCAGCUGCUGCUACAGGCGACCAGCAACAACAACAAUUUGGCCACCAUCAAUCAGCAGAUCAACAAUUUGGGCAACAUCAAUCAGCAAUUGACCUCGCUGAGUCACCAGCUCAGCGGCCUCAAUCAGCAGAGCCAAAAUCUGCAGAAUCUUCAGAGUCUGCAGCAUUCGCCGCCCACGCCAACGGCACAGGCGCAGCUGACGCCGCCAACGCCGCCGCUGGCCUCCAGUGGAGCCAGUGGUAGCAGUUCAUAUCCCUCGAUGAGCCAGUUGCAGACCAUCAGCAAUCAGCUGCAGCAGCAGCAGCAACAGCAACAGCAGGAUGCACUGUCCAAGGAUCUGUUUCAGGUCAACCAGGAGCUGUUGAAUCGCCUGCAGGCAUUGAAUCUUAAUGCGAAUGUCCCGCAGCAGGCGCAAACGCCAUCGGCCUCGCCGCACAAUUCCUACUUCUUUGUAAAUCCGCUGUCCUGUACACCAGCCACGCCGAAUAACAAUGCAGCGAGCGGAUUCAAUUUUCUGGCCUCGGCGAGCGGAAUGAAUGCAGGCACCUUGACACCAUCGCCGCUGGGCACGCUGACGCGCAACUCAUUUACCGGCAGCUCCAUGCUGAACGAGGAGCUGCGUCUGAGCAUAGAGCAGAAUCUGAACAAUUUGGAGGAGCAGCUAAAGGUUGCCGUAUCGAAUGGCAAUUUGGCUGGCUUGGCCUGCGGCGGAUCCACCAGCACCAGAGAUACCAGUCGCAGCUCUUCCACAUUGGACUCGCCAUCGUCGCCGCGUCAACGCAGAUGUAAUAAUAACAUCAGCCCCAGCAGCAGCAACGGCAACAAUAACAUUAACAACAACAAUGGCAAUGGCAAUGGCAGUGGCAAUGGAGGUAACAAUAACAAUUCGAGAGAAACCCGCUUCAAUACCGUGCUGCUGCGUGUCACCGACGAGGCGGGUCAUCAGCGCAAGCUAUCGGCCACGCCCAGCUUUAUAACGCGCAGCACCAGCGAGAAGGUGCCCAAUCGUAGCCAAAUGAUGAGCCAAGUGCAGCGCACCGCCUGGGCCAGGCACACCACCAAGUGAGCGGGAAGCCAGCAAACAUCGAGCGUGGACCAGCUCUUAAGUACAGAUAGUCACAUUAAGCUAAGUCGCAUGAGAGUGUAUGAAUGAGUAUGAAAAUGAGUAUGAAUAUGAGUAUGAGUAUGAGUAUGAGUAUGCGUAUGAGUAACAGUAUUAAAUAAUAGAGCUCAAUUUGUUUGUUAGUUUGCAUUUUAAGUUGUUCGAAAUUCUAGUCCUGCAAGUCUUUUUCAAAACAUAAACUGAGAAGAAGAAGAUACUACAACU